AUGGCGGCGUCUCACUUCGUGGCGGCAGGUCAGAGUCCUUUGGGGGUUCAGCAAUCGGCAGGAUCACUUCAUAGCUCACGAGGCUGCGAAGAGGCAGACAUUCUGGAGGGGUUCCGGAUGUUCUCUCGCAAAAGGAGCUUCACAUUUGGUGCGUAUGGAGGAAAGUCAGAAGACCCUGAUGUGUGCAUUCCAGAUAUCCCCAGCAGACAACUAGAAGAGAUGUCUAACCCUCCAACCUCCCGCAACAAGCCCUCCGACUUGUUUGAAAUGAUUGAGAAAAUGCAGUGCAGCCGCCUGGAGGAUCAGCGCUGCGUCCUGCCCUCCUCUCUAAAGGGGAGGAGAGAGGAGAAAACACAUCCGGGAAUUCAAGAAGUGUUAAGAAGAGGUCGUCCUCUGCCCCUCUUGAUUGUGCCCCCACAAGGUGGGUACUGGAUAGAGGGAACUAACCACUCUCUGCCCUCCCCUGAAUCUGAUCUUCUAGCUCCAUAUGACAGAUUACGCAUCCUUCAAUCCGACCCGACGGCUCGUUUCUACAGAAAACACUUUUUGGGAAAGGAGCACCACAACUUCUGUGCUCAGGAUCCACGUCUCGGGGCCGUUGUCCUGUCUGCAAAACUGGAGCAGAAAAGCGAGAGGCUACGACUUAUACUGAGAACAAAGGCCGGCACCAAACAUCAGCUGGUCAACAUCUCCAGCUUUCGGCAGUUCCCGACCGCAGGACAGAUGGCGCAGGUCUUAUGUGAAGAAUUGUCUGUGGAAAGGUUCUUCCCCGUCCUGCACAUGAAGGCCUCUCAGCUGCUGGUCACCUUUGAUGAACACGUUAUGACCAACAACUUUAAGUUUGGUGUCAUAUACCAGAAACCAGGGCAGGUGACGGAGUCGGAGAUGUUCGGUAACACAGAGGAGAGUUUGGGAUUUGCAGAAUUUCUCAAUUUCUUGGGAGAAAAAAUCCACCUGCAGAAUUUUAAAGGAUUCCGUGGGGGUCUGGAUGUAUCGCAAGGUCAGACGGGAACAGAGUCGGUGUAUACCACGUUCCGGGGCCACGAGAUCAUGUUCCAUGUGUCGACAAAACUGCCCUACACAGCGGGGGAUGCGCAGCAGCUCCAGAGGAAACGUCACAUUGGAAAUGACAUAGUAUCGCUGGUCUAUCAGGACGAGGGCGCCGUCUUCGCCCCCGAUAUCAUUACCUCCCAUUUUCUGCACUGCUAUAUUGUGAUUCAGUCCUGCCCGAGCCACAGCGGUGACGCCCUGUACAAGGUCUCGGUCACCGCCCGUGACGACGUUCCUGGAUUUGGACCGGCUCUGCCCAACCCUGCAGUGUUCCAAAAGAACCAGCAGUUCCGUGAAUUCCUUCUCACCAAGCUGAUUAACGCUGAGGUUAGCUGUUACCGAGCCGAGAGGUUCUCCAAACUGCAGGAGCGCACGCGGAGCUGUCUCAUUGACACCUUGUACGAUGAGCUUUUUCUACACAGUCAGAGCGUCCUGGGCUCUCUAGAGGAAAAUCCUGGAGAUAAACUGGAGAAUCCGUCAAGUGGAUUCCUGGAGAACUUCAAGACAUUUUCGCUUUCCCUAAGGAGCCCGCAGAGGUCACGUGACGCACUUUUACGAGGAGGAAGAAGUGCCAGCAUCGCAAUAGAUAACGUCUCCGAGGAGAAGAGGCAUCUUUCAAGUCAGACGUCGGACCUCUGCAGGAAGCCGUUAGCCUCGUACUCCUCAUCCAAUAGCAGCAGCUUCUGCAGCGUGCAAGGCAGCGAGAGCUCCCCGGAGGAAAAGAUAACGGAUAAUGUCUCGAAAUGAAUGUGGAUGACGUUACCCUGAGUGACACCGGAGAUGAAGCCACUCAGAAGAACCAUCACAAAAGGCACAAUUCACAAACUUCCGACUCAACGUAUAAGAAUUAACAUCAUUAAUCCAUCAUAUAACGUUCAAUGCCUUCAUUAUUGGGAAAUGGCCACUCAUAAAACUGCAGUAUAUAUUUCUGCCUGCCUGUAACCACCACUAGAGGGAGCUAACUGCAAAUGGACUCGGUAGCGGCUGAAGAAAUGUGUACGCAGUGAGCUCCCCCUAGUGGCGUCAUGUAGAAAAGAGCUUCAGUGCUGGGUCGCUUCACCCUACAGUCCCAUAGUCAAGUGACCUGCCUCCACGGUGAGCACACCAGGGGUCAAUGUGUUAAUUAGCUCAACUCCAGGGAGAAUGUAUUGACAUAAAGUAAAACCAGAACAGGA